GGGUUAUAGAGGCUGCUUCACGCUGUCUCAUUCAGUUCCUUUGCGGUCCUCUUCUUCAGCACAUGCCAAAGCAGUUCCUCACAACCUGUGGGACCAGAGCAUCUUGGGUGUGUGACAAUGGAAGAGUUGGAUGCCUUAUUGGAGGAACUGGAGCGCUCCACCCUCCAAGACAGUGAUGAAUCCUCCAACCCAGCUCCUCUUUCCCUGGAUCAGCGCUCCAGAAAGGAGAGUAACCUUGCUAAGACUUCAGAGACCCCUUCUGUUCAGAAUGAUGCAAGUCCCUUGCCGGUGCAGCUCGUGUAUACUACCCAUAUCCAGGAGCACAAUAUCUACAGUGAGGCCCAAAAGCCAAAGGAAGCACCACAUCCUCCGAAAACCUCAGCAGCUGCUCAGCUGGAUGAGCUCAUGGCCCACCUGUGUGAGAUGCAGACCCAGGUUGCAGUGAAAGCAGAUGCCAGCAAGAAACACACAGCAAAUAAGCAAGAUCCCAAGGCCUCCCUGGACUCAAUGCUGGGGGGUUUGGAGCAGGAUCUGCAGGACCUUGGAGUUGCCACAGUGCCCAAGGGCCACUGUGCUUCCUGUCAGAAACCGAUUGCAGGAAAGGUGAUCCAUGCUCUAGGGCAAGCGUGGCAUCCAGAGCACUUUGUCUGCACUCACUGCAAGGAGGAGAUCGGCUCCCAUCCCUUCUUUGAGCGGAGUGGCUUGGCCUACUGCCCCAAGGACUACCACCAUCUCUUUUCCCCACGCUGCGCUUACUGUGCUGCUCCUAUCCUGGAUAAAGUGCUGACGGCAAUGAACCAAACCUGGCACCCAGAGCACUUCUUCUGCUCUCACUGUGGAGAGGUGUUUGGUGCAGAAGGCUUUCAUGAGAAGGACAAGAAGCCAUACUGCCGGAAGGAUUUCCUAGCCAUGUUCUCACCCAAGUGUGGCGGCUGCAACCGCCCCGUGUUGGAAAACUACCUUUCAGCCAUGGACACUGUCUGGCACCCGGAAUGCUUUGUGUGUGGGGACUGCUUCAGCAGUUUUUCUUCCGGCUCCUUCUUUGAACUGGACGGACGUCCGUACUGUGAGCUCCAUUACCAUCAGCGGCGGGGAACACUCUGCCACGGGUGUGGGCAGCCCAUCACUGGCCGCUGCAUCAGUGCCAUGGGCCACAAGUUCCAUCCCGAGCACUUCGUCUGUGCUUUCUGCCUGACACAGCUGUCAAAGGGCAUCUUCAAGGAGCAGGACGACAAGACCUAUUGUCAACCCUGCUUCGUGAAACUCUUCCCCCUGUAAUCUCAGCUGAACCCACAGUCUCCACAGAUCCCCUACAAAAUUUAAACCAGGCGGGGAAGGAGUAUACUUUGUUGUUACUGCUCUUCAGCUCAGUGGGCAUAUAGAGAAAGUAAAGGUAAUGAACUUGUAGUUGUUACAUGGCUAGGCUUGUUUAGGUUUUAGAUUUCUAGUCUUAUUUUUUUUUUUUUCUUAAUCAGGUACUUGGAUUUAGAUCUGGGUCCCACUACUCGUGCCUCUGCAGAUGCAUCUUCCACAUGCACACAUUUAUUCCACCGCUGGUUUUCUCAGAUUUCUCUGCAGAUGCAGAUGCAUCUUCCACAUGCACACAUUCAUUCCACCGCUGGUUUUCUCAGAUUUCUCCCAUUUUCACUCCUGCGAUGGCCCUCUUCCCUGGGCCUUUUCAUACCUCCCUCAUUUCCCCGUGACUCACUUUCCCAUGACCAGUGCAUUGUCCUCGCUGUCAAGAAUCCUGAUGCCCCCCCAAAGCUCUCUGCAUCUCUCUUCAGUGUACUUCUCUUUUUCAAGAGCAAGUAGAUUUUAACUGGACCACUUUGAGUACUGACAUCAUUGAUAAAUAAAAUGGCUUUCAGUUUUAAGGUCUUACUGUCAUGUUUGGAGAUAAACUGCUUCCUGUGUUAUAUACUCAGCACCAUGUGCAGUUAAAUCCAUAUCGUAUCUUUUGUUUACUUCCAUACAAUAGGCACUUUUUCUUAAUCAAAAGAAAUUGAAAGGAGGGACUCCUGUUCACCAACUUUUCUCUUGGUUUGGGCCCAUAAUAUUCAUUUUAUUUUGUAUUUUGAACUGAGAUGAUUGAAUCAUCUUAAAAGGUGGCAUAGCCUCUUAAAAUUGUUUACCCAAAGUGAAAAACCAAAUCUCCACUAGACACUUGAAAAUUCAUAUUUGUAUGCAUUUCUACAAACUCAUGCAAUUGUGUAUAUUGAAUAAGUUCAGUUUUUCUGUAUAUCAAUUAUA